CAUUUGUUUCCACCCACAACUACGACGUUCAGCACAGGAGAAUCAACUUGGUAUAUUUGUGAUGUAGGGAAGUUUAGCUAUCUAAAUAGUGACAGCCUGAACUAUCUUCUGUAGUUAGCUGAAUUCUCUCGAGCUUAUUCUUGACAGAGCGUGCCGGAAGGACAAUUGAAACAGAUCAACCGAAAAGUUCAUGUCUAGCUGUACCCGGGGGUUUGCUUAGCUUAACGUGCCAUCUCAGAAAUGUCUGGUCCACGCAAGAAGUACACCUAUAAGAAAAAUCGUAUAUAAUAUUUGCUUUGAGUAUUUUCCAUCGAACUUGGACACCUAUCAGGACGAGGUAGUGCAAUAAUAUAAUAAUGGCAGACCUCCGGACUUACAACGUUAUCAUUCUGGGACUAGGGUUUCUGUUCAUUUUCACUGCCUUCACUACUUGUGGAAACAUUGAACAAUCCAUAGUUAAAAGCCUGGACAAUGGUACCUUCACUGGAAGUGGUUAUCACAGCCUUGGAAUCAUCUAUGGAAUUUUCUCUUUUGCAAAUGUGUUAGCUCCAGCUGUGGUUACAAUAAUUGGACCUCAGUUUUCAAUGUUUUUAAGUGGAAUUCUUUAUAGUGGGUACAUAGCUGUGUUCAUCAACCCAUCAACAUGGUCAUUUUACUUGUCCUCAGUACUAAUCGGCAUAGGAGCAGCCAUGCUUUGGACAGCACAAGGAUACUUCCUUGUGGAGAACUCUGAUGUAUCCACCAUCAAUAGGAAUACAGGGAUGUUUUGGGCCCUUUUGCAGUGCAGCAUGGUAUUUGGCAAUCUUUACAUUUAUUUUGAUUGGAAUGGAAGUACAGAUAUUUCAGACAAGAGCAGAAAGACAAUCUUUAUUGGUAUGCUGGUCACCUCAGUUUUGGGAACAUUAAGCUUCCUGGCUCUGAGAAAAAGUAAUCCACCGGAGGAAGAAAUGCUCAGUGAUGAGGAAGGGCAGUCUUUGCUCUCAACUCGAAUUAUGUAUAAACAAAGAGCCAACUCUGCAGUACAUGAUGCAAAGACAGAAUUCAAGGCAAUCUUGCAACUGCUCCAAACUAAAACAAUACUACUUCUGAGCUGUUGCAUGGCAUACAGUGGUCUGGAGCUGUCUUUCUACAGUGGUGUUUAUGGGACUUGUAUCGGAGCCACAACACAGUUUGGAACCGCAGCUAAAGGCUUGAUUGGGAUCUCAGGAAUCAUGGUGGGGAUUGGAGAGAUAGUUGGAGGAGGUUUAUUUGGACUAGUGUGUAAGAACAACCGCUUCCGACGAACAUCUGUGGUCUUCCUGGGGAUGGUUGUCCAUUUUAUAGCCUUCUACUUGAUUUUCCUUAACAUCCCAGAUGAUGCGCCUGUGGUUUUACAAACAAGCACACUGAACAAGCCAUAUCUGACACCAAGUGUUCCCAUCGCCCUGCUGUGUAGUUUCCUGCUUGGACUUGGCGACAGCUGUUUCAACACUCAACUGUACAGCAUCUUGGGACGUGUUUAUGCUGAGCAAAGUGCACCUGCUUUUGCCAUCUUUAAAUUCAUCCAGUCUGUGUUUGCAGCAGUAGCCUUCUUCUACAGUGGCUACCUGCUGUUGACAUGGCAGCUACUCAUUAUGGUCAUCCUGGGCUUCACUGGAACACUCAGCUUCUUCAUGGUGGAACGAAUACAGACCUUCUCUGUUGACUUACAACCAUAGCUUAACAACCCAUAAUUUAAACACUGACACAGUCACGCGUGUCAUUUCUACAUAUCUAGCUUUUUAUCAGUGAAUGUGAUUUACCUAAACUGCCUUGAACCAUGGGGGGGGGUGCAAGAUGUUGUUAGGCAUUACACAGCAAAGAUACUGGAUAUAUACAGCCUUUAGCCAUGGUAUAUUGGUUAUACUCCACAAAACCCAAAGGUGCCUUAUUCUUUUCAUAAACUGGUCAUCAAUGUUAUUCAAAAGUUGUCUUUUUUGGUCAUUACUGUGGUAGAUGUUCUGAUGUGGCACGGAUUUCAGCCAGCACAGCAUUUAGGAAUUGAACCAGCCUGGCUGUUUAGCCACUCUUUGUUCACUUUGUGUAUAGACUGAAAUGGUCUACGUGUCAUGAUCCCUAUAAAACCUAGCGGCAAAUCGUGAUAUUGGUUCUUUUGCAUUACACCAUACAUUUUUCCCAUUAGAAAUUCUAAGAAACACUUAGGUGUACCCAAGCUCAUCGUUUUGAUGACCCUGUAAAUCUCAUGAAGUUUGCCAACAUAUUUGCUACUAGUAACUCAACGUAAAUAGUGUAUUGGCAUAAAUUAAGCCAAUAUUGAUAAAAAGUCAACUUUUCCUAUAGAUAUUUACGUAGUUAUCAAAACGUCAAGAAGGUUUAAGCCAACAUGAAACACAGAUCUCAUUUCAAUUGGGUCUACAAAUAUUUUUUUUUUUUUGCCAGUGUUCCUGGGCUUAUGAUUCAUACUAUUUUAGUCAAUUGCUCUCAGGGUUGGUUUUUAAGAUAAUAGUUGCAAAUUCUGUGGUAGUAAUACAUGUCAUUCUUUUUUAACUUGUGGAAUAUAUAUAUAUUUUUUAAUUUAAAUUUUUUUUAAGUGGAAGAAGGUUAUCAAAUAAAACUGAACUCAGUAAUACAAGUACUGACCUAUAUUGUAUGCUCAAAAUAAACAAUUACCCAG